UUAUUAAUCAAUAAUAAAAACCCUAAAAUCGGACUAACAAUAAUUGGCAGGGUUGAGUUGAAUGGAACUACAGUUAAGUGCUUGAUAAAUGGUGGGCUUUCUGAUGAGAGCAACCUGGUUUCAUUGAGUGUUCAAGGUCCGCUAUCAAACGUUGUGAAUUUGAGAGCUAUCAGCAAUGCCAGCUCAGUUACUGUUUCCUGGACUGCUCCAUUCUCUCUGAAUGUGACUGAUGUUGAUCCUGAUAUCUGGUACUCUGUUCUGGUCUACAAUGUGACGGAUGAGAACAACCCAACAGCCAUCCUCUGUACUGACUGUAUCAAUAUCACUGGGGCACACUACACCUUCUCUCCUGACUACUUCAGUCCUUGUCAUCUCUACCUCUUCUCUGUAAUCCCCAUUCAAUGGAGCUGGCCAGGGAGAGAGUAGUCCUAAUGUCACUGUAAGUAACUUAUCUGCAUUUUCCUCCUAUACUGUAAUGUACAUGCCUUUUAUGUUUUGCAG